AUGAAGAUUUCCAAUUGCAUCGUAUUACUUGUGGUAGCCGCUUUGGCCGACUCAUAUCAAUUAUAUUGCAAGUGCCAGUGUGAUAAUUCAAAGACGAUAAUCAACAAGGUUGAUAAAUGCAAACAAUGCACAAGGGAGUUUUGUCUUGAGAAAGAUCCAGAGUUGUGUGAAGUGCUUCUGGAUAGCACUGGUGACUCAAGCCGUCCUAACAAGCCUAUCACAAAUGAUAAUAUAAUCAUUAGUUGCUAUCAAGUGGAAUCUACUAAAGACGCGUUUGUUGUAUAUUUAUUUUUAUCGGUGAUUCUUGGUUUGAUGCUCAGGAUACUUUAUGCCUAUGUCAGGGGAGGAUAA